AUUUACCCGCGCAAUCGGCGUGAAUUCGAAGAUGGCAGGUGACGAUAUUGCUGACCAUGCUGACAAAGCUAUGGAGACUGAGAUUUUACCGUCGACCAGCCGCGGUGACACGAAGACCAAGGAAAAAGAUGGGAAAUCUGGAAAUCUACCGUGGAUUGAGAAAUAUCGGCCCCAGGUCUUUUCCGACAUUGUUGGCAACGAGGAUACUGUAUCCAGAUUAGCAGUCUUCGCUCAGCAUGGAAACACUCCAAAUAUCAUCAUCGCCGGACCACCCGGGGUCGGCAAAACUACCACGAUUUUGUGUUUGGCCCGUACCCUGUUGGGGCCGGUGUUCAAAGAGGCUGUACUCGAACUGAACGCUUCGAAUGAGAGGGGAAUAGAUGUAGUCAGAAACAAAAUUAAAAUGUUCGCUCAGAAGAAGGUGAAUCUGCCGAGAGGGAAGCAUAAAAUCAUUAUCUUAGACGAGGCGGACAGCAUGACCGAUGGCGCGCAGCAGGCGUUACGCCGAACGAUGGAAAUUUACAGCCAUACGACCAGAUUUGCUCUCGCGUGCAACAACACGGAGGAGAUUAUCGAACCAAUACAAUCACGAUGCGCUAUGUUGAGAUACGGAAAGUUAACGGACGCCCAAGUCUUGGCCAAAGUUCUCGAAGUCUGCAAGAAGGAGAAUGUUUCCUAUACGGAUGACGGUAUGGAAGCGAUAAUAUUUACAGCUCAAGGGGACAUGAGACAAGCCCUGAAUAAUCUGCAGUCCACGUAUAACGGAUUCAAUCACGUAAAUGCAGAGAAUGUGUUCAAAGUCUGUGACGAGCCUCAUCCUUUGAUUGUCAAAGAGAUGCUGGACAAUUGCAUAAAAGGAGACGUCUCUAAAGCAUGCACGGUAAUGGAUCAUUUCUGGAAAAUGGGAUAUUCUGCGGAGGAUAUAGUCAGUAACGUAUUUAAGGUUUGCAAGAAUCACACUAUGGAUGAGAAACUGAAGCUGAAAUUUGUUAAGGAAAUUGGGAUAACACAUAUGGGAGUGGUAGAAGGUAUCAACAGUUUGUUACAAUUACACGCUCUAGUGGCGAGACUCUGCCGCGCAUGCGUGUCGAAAUAAUUGCGUAAAACGAUAUUGUACUCUAUUGCCCUUUAAUAAAUACAUUUAUACAUUUUCUAUA